CCAUCUGCCAGCUCCCGCUGCUGCUCUUCGAGCGCUGUCCCCUCCUCACCUGGAAGCCAACAUGAAGGAGACACGGGGCCACGGGAGCGCCCCUUUCUGCACCCGUCUCAACCACUCCUACCCGGGCAUGUGGGCGCCCGAGCGCUCCGCCGAGACGCAGGGCAACCUCACGCGCCCCCCGGGGCCCGGGGAGGAUUGCAGCUCGGUGUCCGUCGUUUUCCCGAUCACCAUGAUGAUCACCGGCUUCGUGGGCAACGCGCUGGCCAUGCUGCUCGUGUCGCGGAGCUACCGGCGCCGGGAGAGCAAGCGCAAGAAGUCGUUCCUGCUGUGCAUCGGCUGGCUCGCGCUCACCGACCUGGUCGGGCAGCUGCUCACCAGCCCGGUGGUCAUCGUCGUGUACCUGUCCCAGCAGCGCUGGGAGCACCUCGACCCGUCGGGGAGGCUAUGCACCUUCUUCGGGCUGACUAUGACUGUCUUUGGGCUCUCCUCGCUCUUCAUCGCCAGCGCCAUGGCCGUCGAGCGGGCGCUGGCCAUCCGGGCGCCGCACUGGUACGCGAGCCACAUGAAGACGAGCGCCACCCGCGCCGUGCUGCUCGGUGUGUGGCUGGCCGUGCUCGCCUUCGCCCUGUUGCCGGUGCUGGGCGUGGGCCAGUACACCAUCCAGUGGCCCGGGACGUGGUGCUUCAUUAGCACCGGGGGAGGGGGCAACGGAACUAGCUCUCCGCGCAAGUGGGACAACCUUUUCUUCGCCUCCACCUUUGCCUUCCUGGGGCUCUCGUCGCUGGCCGUCACCUUCGCCUGCAACCUGGCCACCAUUAAGGCCCUGGUGUCCCGCUGCCGGGCUAAGGCCACGGCGUCGCAGUCCAGCGCGCAGUGGGGCCGGAUCACGACCGAGACGGCCAUCCAGCUCAUGGGGAUCAUGUGCGUGCUGUCGGUCUGCUGGUCGCCAUUGCUGAUAAUGAUGUUGAAGAUGAUCUUCAAUCAGACAUCAGUUGAGCACUGCAAGAUGCAAACAGAGAAGCAGAAAGAAUGCAACUUCUUCUUAAUAGCUGUUCGCCUGGCGUCACUGAACCAGAUCUUGGAUCCCUGGGUUUAUCUGCUGCUAAGAAAGAUCCUUCUUCGAAAGUUUUGCCAGGUAGCAAAUGCUGUCUCCAGCUGCUCUAAUGAUGGACAGAAAGGGCAGCCUAUCUCAUUGUCCAAUGAAAUAAUACAGACAGGAGCAUGAAAGAAAACACUUAAUCAACUUGCAUGUUCACAGCUUUGGGCAACAAACAGCCCUAAACCUUACUGUGAAUUUAGGCAUCUCUGGCAUGCUGCUGUUGAUGCAUUGAAGGAGAAUUUUUGAUAUAAGUCUACAUGCUCUCAGAAGCAUAGAUAAUCCCCUAUGUGCCAAAAGUAUUGAAACACAAAGGAAAAUAUAUUAAUAACAGUCUAGUGUUUUGGGUCUCUGCCAUUUGUAGCUGAAUAAGUGAUUAUGAGAUGAAAACAUGUUUUAUAAAUGGUCUUGGUCUGU